AUGCAGAAGGAAGGGAGAUCGGAGGGGAUUGGAUGGUGGCUGUGGUUGGGUUUGGCCUUCUUCUGCCUGAUGGAAAGCAUGCUGGUGGAUGGCACCACCAUCUCCAACCAAGACCCGGCGCCAUCCCAGUUAAGCCGAUACCUACGAGGAGGUGGAGGAUCCUCGAUUUUCUCUCGACUGGGGCGAGGAGGCUCGCAUAGCUUCAUCCGCUUGGGACGAACCAUCGACAACCGAUGGACCCCACUCCCUCGCUAUGUCCGAGGCAGUUCCAAUUUCAUUCGACUUGGAAAAAGACUCCCGUUCGACGUAGAAGAAGCCCAAGAUGAAGGAGAAGGAGAAUCGGAUGAAGACUUGCCGAGGGUUCGAGCUCCAAGGGCUCCCUACGCUCCACCCAACAUCAAGAGGCUCAUCAGAGAUAACUUCGUCCGACUUGGCAAAUCAGUCCAAGAAGACGACCAGCAAUGAUCUCUCUCAUAUUCACUUCCUUCCUGUCAUUUCGUUUCCGGCUGUAAACUUGCAAAGGGAGAGGAGAAGGCGAGGAGUGGAUGGAGAGAGAAGGUCCACUGCAGGACACCGUGCGGAGGAUCGGCCAACUGCACGUUUCCCCUCUACACCUACAGAUGUCUCUCCAUUCUCGAUCUCUCAUCUCUCAAGAAUUGCAUCUUACCCACUGAGACCCUCUACUGUCACGACUUCUAGCAGACUGCUGAGAUGCCGACCCUCCUCUUCUGCUGCCGAAUUUCAGACUUCGCCCGUUUGUAUUGAAUGAGUGUGAUUGAAUCCUCCACCUGAGACUCCACAAAUUUAACUCCGUCAGCUCCGUCUUGACCUUUGCCAAUCGCUCCUGCUAAACCUUAGCUAGCCGUAUCAUAAUGGCAUAAUGGUUAUUCAUUUAUUAAGGUUAUUCGCCUGGACCCUCUCUUCCUCUGCUUGUUUCGUCACUCCACGUUUGAUGGUCGAUUCUCCCCUCCAAACGCAAUUUCAACGCUUCUCAAAGAGUUUUAGGCAAAGGUUUUGACUCGUCUCAUUGUUGAUUGAGCUGGCCUCUACUUCUUCUUAGUGUAUAGACCAUAAUUUGUGUGAUGACGCUUUUGCGAAGAAUUAAUUGAGCUGCGUUCGACUCGGUUUUAUCCCUCCGACAAUGAAACCCCACAAACCUUCUCACAAAACCCAUAUUGGAAAGUGCAAGUUGACAGUAAAAUGUAGGCAUGAAAUUUCCUGAAGAGGGUAUCCAUUUAACCGUGGCAGACAUCCUUCCUCUCUCCCUCCCUUUCCCUCCCCCAUUGACAUCGUCCACCCUCGUUCAUUGUUCAUUUGUUUGAUCGAUUUCGACCGUUUCUUCAUCUGUCAAUGAGUAUCUUCCGUAACCCCUGUAUAUCAAUCCCGUUAAUGUGUGAAAGGAUGCGUCGGCUGCAUGUUGAAAUAUUCCUAUUUUCUGCGGAAUGGGGAUCUCUCUGUCUCCCUCU